AUGUACAAUGUUUUAGAAGUUACAAAGAAAGCUUGUUGUGAAAAAUGUAAGGAAAUAAUUAAAGAAAGAGAAAACUUAGAUAAAGAUCUUAAAGAAAAAAAGAAUAAGAAAUCUAGAGAAGAAAUUAAUGAAGCGAUUAAAAACUAUAUUAAAAUCCUUAAUUGUAAAGGAUACAAUAAUAUCAAAGAGUUUGUAAAUAAUGAUAUAACACAAGUUAAUGGUAUUAAUGAUGAGUUGAAUGCUGAAGAUAAUACAAUUGCAGAAAACUUCAACAUCAUUUAG